UCGGUGACGACUUUUAAACGUUGAUGGUGACAAGUGAAUAAUUGAUUAUUGUUUUGUGGCAUUAUCCUAAUCGUUUUGUGUAGCCAAUUCUAUUCAACUAUUUCAUAAAACAGUAAGAGAAAGUGUACCUAAUUUAUUAACUUUUUCCAUGGUACUAUAAAAAAUGGAUCUUGCAAAAUCAUUUUUUAGUUCUCGUGAUCAUGAGGGCUAUGUAGGACGCGAAGAUCAUGAACGCAAAAUCAGUGCAGCUUUAGCAGACGAUGAUCCAGAAGAUGUAAUUGAUUCAAUACGGGGUCUAAAUAUAGCCGACGAACUGCUUCCAGCUCCUGGAGGACCAUUUUCCGCGCUUACAGCAAGUAUGGUACCACAAGAUAUCAUGGCUAAACUAGCACAACCAGAAUCAGAAGGGCACAGUGUGGGUUUACCUGACUACAGGUUUGACGAGUUUGGCUUCUGUGUCGAGGAAGAAGACGGACCUGAACAGAGUUCCAACAAAUUAUUAGCAAAUGCCUUUGUUGAAGAUGACCAGCAUCGUCUCCAGUGGGAAUUCUACAGUAAAGAAAUCAGUUUUUCUGUAACAGAAGGCAAAAUGGAAAAAACAGAUAAAUUACAUCAGAUGGUCAAAGAUGGUGUGCCUCAUUCACUCCGCCCGCAAGUGUGGAUGCAUCUCUGUGGUGCUAACAAGAAAAGAGCCACAACUGAAAUUACAUAUCAUGAAAUUGUGAGAGCUUCAAGUGAUGAUGGACUGGUAACUAGUAAGCAAAUUGAAAAGGACUUAGUCCAAAUACUGCCCAACAAUGUUUGCUUUUCUCAUCCCACUAGUACAGGUGUACCAAGACUCAGACGAAUUUUAAGGGCCCUUGCAUGGUUAUAUCCAGAUAUUGGGUAUUGUCAAGGUACAGGAAUGAUUGCAGCAUCGCUGCUGCUUUUAAUGGAAGAAGAAGAUGCAUUCUGGAUAAUGUGCACUACUGUGGAGGAUCUCCUUCCAGCAUCAUAUUACUCAUCAACAUUGAUUGGUAUUCAAGCUGACCAGAAAGUUUUGAGGAGUUUAAUCUCAACAUAUCUGCCAGGUAUAGACCAAGUUCUAAAUGCUCAUGACAUAGAGCUCUCUCUCAUAACAAUGCAUUGGUUUUUAACAUUAUAUGCCAAUGUUGUACAUAUGAAAAUCUUGUUGAGGAUUUGGGAUUUAUUCUUUUUAGAUGGUUCUGUAGUAUUAUUUAAAGUGACAUUGGCUAUGCUUAAAAUUAAAGAGAAUAGAUUCACUGAGAUAUCUAACUCAGCUCAGAUUUUUAAUGCAUUAUCAGACAUUCCUGGUGAAAUAGAUGAUGUCGAUCUCAUGAUUAAAACAAUUGAUGAAGUAUGUGGUGACACUUUAAGUCCUACUCUAAUAGACACACAUAGGAGGAGACAUUUAGCUUACCUUAUGGCAGAUCAAGGUGCUCUAGUUGGAAAUCCAAAUGCAGUCCCCAACCUCCCUAAACAGCAAUUACAGAGACGUCAAAUUAAAAGGAAUAAGUCAGUUAUUCAAACAAUUCUCUUUGGAGAGGAUAGUAACAAUGAAGAUGCUAUUUCAAAAAAUGUUAAGCAAACUGAAAUAUUAGUUGAUCUUAGAGAAGCAAUAUUACAAGUUGCUCGUCACUUCUUGGCACUAGAGCCACAGUUGGCUUCUGAAAUUCAACUAACUGCUGACUACACAAUGCAGAGUCAUGCUGCAGAUAGAGAAAGAUAUGUUAAUGUAUCCAGGAGUAAAAGGAGACGAGCAAAAGCAUUACUGGAUUUUGAAAGGAGGGAUGGAGAUGAAUUGGGCUUUAGAAAGAAUGAUGUCAUUGAAGUUAUCAGUUCUAGAGAUGAGCACUGUUGGAUUGGUGAACUGAAUGGCCUCCGUGGUUGGUUUCCUGCCCGCUUUGUCAAAUUGUUAGAUGAGAAAGGAGUUAAAUAUAGCAGAGCUGGAGAUGAUUCUGUUACAGAAAAGGCAGCUCAUUUGGUUAGAGGUGUUCUUGCUCCUGCUUUCAAAAGAGUUCUAUUACAUGGAAUUAAAAAGCCUAGUUUUUUGGAUGGUCCCUGCCACCCAUGGCUGUUUAUUGAAGAGGCUUCAUCACGCGAAGUAGAAAAAGACUUUAACUCUGUUUACAGUCGCUUGGUGUUAUGCAAGACUUAUCGUUUAGAUGAAGAUGGAAAAGUUUUAACACCUGAAGAAUUGUUAUAUAGAUGUGUCCAAGCUAUCAAUUUGUCCCAUGACAAUGCUCAUGCUCAAAUGGAUGUAAAGCUACGCACAUUAAUAUGUAUGGGUUUAAAUGAAGAAGCUCUGCAUUUGUGGUUAGAAGUUUUAUGUUCUUGUGUGGAUGUUGUCCAAAAAUGGUACCAUCCAUGGUCUUUUAUAAACUCCCCUGGUUGGGUUCAGAUUAAAUGUGAAUUAAGAAUACUAUCUCAAUUUGGUUUUAAUCUGAAUCCAGAAUGGGAGCUGCCAUUAAAGAAGGACACACAAAAUCAACCACUAAAAGAAGGUGUUAGAGAUAUGCUUGUAAAACAUCACUUAUUUUCUUGGGAUCUGUAAACAAAAAAAAAAAAAACUAGGCAAAUAUAUUUAAAUUUAAUGUGCAAUAUUUGUAAUAAGUAUUAUAUAUUUAAUUAAUUUAUUAGAUUAAGCUUGCCUAUUUAUGACACUUCUAAAGUACAAUUAUAUAUAGGUAUAUAUAAAAUAACAUUGCAUUACUUCAAAAUCUAAUUAUCUUUAAAUGUAUAAGUAUCAUGUCAUGUAUGUAAUAAAAGAAAUUCUAUGCAACA